CACACGACCCAUCAGGCUCUCUACAUUGCAUCCCUCGAGUCAAUUCUAAUGCUAAACAGUUGGAUACUUCUCGACGGAAGGCCAAAGCUUAUGUCAGGGAGGCACAAAAUGCCGAGAAACGAGUCAUGAACGUUGAUCUUCGAGAUACCAUCAAUCAGCGAAAUUGUCCUAUCACAUUCAGUAUCGAAGACGCUAAUCUAUUCGCUCAUCCUCAUUCCGACGCCCUUAUUAUCACAGCCCCGAUUGGAGGGAUUCCCGUCCACCGAAUUAUGGUCGAUACAGGGGCUUAUUCAAGCAUUUUGAUGCUCCGCACUUUCAAGAAAUUGGGUCUGGACCCAGCUGAUAUUAGACCUUGCAACGACCAAAUUCAAGGUUUCAAUGGGAGCAUCUCUCGCCCUGUUUGUGAAAUAUUACUCCCUAUUCGAUUUGGCGGUUUUGGACCAAAAUCCAAGAUUAUCAUGGAAACUUUCAAGGUCUUGGAUGUCCAGAAUGAAUAUAAUGCUGUUGUAGGACGAACUGCGCUUUACAAGCUCCCCCGGAGUCUGACGUUGCUUUCGGCCUCGCGUAGCUUUCAUAUCGUCGAAGAACAGGAAACUGGUAACUUUACUGAGUUAAGCGAUUUAUCCCUUCCUGAUGUUCGAAGAACUACUCAAUUUGCUUCAGUUACCGACAUCCCCCUUAUAGCUGAUACCGAUGUCCCUGCGACGUCGGAUUUGCCUGAAACACUAAAUGAAGCCCUUGAUCCAGAGCAGUCUUUUCAUGAGGAAGACAUUAGGAUACAUGAUGAUAUGGAUCCACGGAUGCCAUUCAAGGAUAAGAACCAUCAUGUCCGAGCAGAGCCAGUUGAAGAUAUCGAAACUAUUUAUGUGGAUGGCCUGACUCAGGAAAAAUCAUUGCGUAUUGGAGCUAACCUUCAAGAACCCGUACGUUCGUGUUUAAUUCAAUUUCUUCAGUCAAAUUCCGAUGUGUUCGCUUGGAAGCACGAAGACAUGAAAGGGAUAGACCCGCAGAAGGCAUGCCAUCGCCUAAAUUUGGAUAAGACUGUCAAGCCCGUUAUACAAAAAUGCCGAAGAUUCGGUCCAGAUCGCCAGAAGGCUCUUGAAGAGGAAGUGAAUAAGCUCAUAGACAACAAAUUUGUUAAAGAAGCUAAAUAUCCGACGUGGAUAUCAAAUCCUGUUUUGGUUAAGAAAGCUACUAGUCUUUGGCGUCUCUGCAUUGAUUUCUCGGAUUUGAACCAAGCAUGCCCAAAAGAUAGCUAUCCAAUUCCACACAUUGAUUACAUGGUAGACGCUACAUCGGGACACCAACUCAUGAGUUUUUUGGACGCCUAUUCCGGUUAUAAUCAAAUUCCCAUGCACCCUGAUGAUGUUGAGCAUACUUCGUUUUAUUCAGCCCGUGGUCUCUACUGUUAUGUUAUGAUGACUUUUGGAUUGAAAAAUGCUGGGGCUACAUAUCAACGGUUGGUCAAUAAGAUGUUCGCACGCUUGAUCGGCCAUACGAUGGAAGUCUAUGUAGACGACAUGCUGGUGAAAUCGGAACAAGCUUCUGAACAUAUUGCUCAUCUUUCAAAAGUUUUUGACAUUCUUCGAGAAUAUUCAAUGGUGCUUAAUCCCAAGAAGUGUACCUUUGGAGUUGGGUCAGGAAAAUUUUUAGGAUACAUGGUGAGUCAAAGAGGAAUCGAAGCUAAUCCUGCCAAGAUUCGAGCCAUACUUGAAUUGGCUCCUCCGACAUGUGUCAAAGGUGUCCAAGCUUUAACUGGUCGACUGGCGGCUUUAAACCGAUUCAUUUCAAAGUUGACGGAUCAUUGUAAGCCGUUUUUUUAUGCUAUUAAAAAAAAGAAACCGUUCAAAUGGAAUGCGGAAUGUCAGAAUGCUUUUGACAAUAUCAAAGAAGUUCUUUCACGAUUACCGACGUUACAGAAGCCUCUUCCUGAUGAACCCUUGUUUUUGUACUUGGGUGUGAGUGACGUCACUGUUAAUGCUGUUCUUAUACGACAAGAUGGACUUCAACAAUUCCCGAUAUAUUACAUUAGCAAGGCCUUACAUGACGCUGAAUUGCGGUAUCCAUAUAUGGAGAAGUUGGCCUUUGCUCUGAUCAUUGCUGCGCGAAAGUUGCGUCCAUAUUUCUUGGAACAUUCUGUUGUUGUAUUUACAUCAUUUCCUCUCCGACAAGUCCUCCACCGACCUGACACGUCGGGAAGGAUGAUCAAGUGGGCGAUAGAACUGGGACAGUUUGACAUUCA